ACUGAUAAGAUUAGUGAGCUUCUGCAGAACCUGUCUCUGAAUCUGAAGCAGCUGACCCAAAAGGGAAAAAACACCAAAUGGAGCAGAACAGACAAUAAACUCGUCAUCAUGCUCAUGCAUUAAAUUGGGUCUCAAUGUUUUCACCCGAAUUAUAAACAACAGUCCAAAAACUGCAAAAACAGAACGGCUGGCGGGAGAUAACCUCUAGGACAGAGAACAUAAAAUAUUCAUUGGAGCUUCUGCACUCUCUCUCUCUCUCUCUCUGCCCCUCGAUGGCCACGCUGAAAGCCUCUCCUUUUAUAACUGACAUUACAUGGAUAACUUUUGCUUCCCUUUUCUCUGUUUGGGUUUUCCAUGGCUCUCCAUUUGUCUACGCUAAAACCUCACCUCUUUUACCACUCAAGAUCUAUAAGAUCAGAAAACAGACAAAAGAGUAUACCUAAUGUGCAUGACCCUUCAAGGUGCAGUACAAAGGAACAAGGAAACUAUGGCUUUUCAAAGAAGAAUCACUUACUUGGCUUAUUGGUUAGAUGCUACAAUUCAUCAAGGUGGUAUUCAUCUUGGACGUCAUCAUCGACAGCUUGUACAGCUUAUUCUGGUCAAACAAGCUGUGAGAAUGGUUCCCCAGUGGCUAAAACUCAUAAUCAUGAAAUCGAAUUUAAUCGGGUCAAUUGCCUUGAAUGGGUAUUGCAUGAAUCUGCAGGGAGCUUCUCCCUUGCAGUUAAGUCACUUGAAUUGCCAGGAAGUGGUCAAGAGCUUGCAAUGGCAUGGUCUGGGAAGGAUGUACAUGAAUGGCAUAAACGGAUUUCUUAUCAGGUUGCAGUUUAUGCUUUGUUAAAAACAGCAAUUGAAGUAGAAAUUUUGCUUUCCAGUGAACGUCAUUACAGUGACUCUUCGCCAGUUAGUGAUAUCUUGACCCCAAAGAUUGAUGUGGUUGGUGAAUACAUCGAGAGUCAAUUAAACACAAGGCACUCAGAAUUAGUAGAAUGGUUUAGAGUGGUGGAACUACCACGUAUUGCAGGAUUCUUCAUUCCCUUGUUGAGGAAGUGGUCUAUGGAAUAUGCAGGAAGUGGUGUUGCAGGGAUGGUUGUGGCUAUAGGCUGCUGUGCAGCAGUGGCUAAAUUGGGUUAUGGCCGGGUUAAGUGCCCUUUUUUUGCAUUUUCAAUUGAGGAUGUAAUGGUAGAUCUCAUGGAUCUCUCACACAGCCUUGUGUCAGUGGAAAGAUUACAUAACUUAGCUACCGAGGCAGGAUUUGAAAUGGAUUUCUUGUCCCAUUUUGGUAGAAAAGUUCUGCUGAGCAACAAAAGUGAAGAGGUAGAAUUUUGGAUUGGGUUGGCUCAUGAAAAACUCUCAACAGCAUUCCAUAAAGAAAGUGUGAUCCUAGGCAAGGAGAAUUUUCAUGACAAGGUUGAAGCAGAUACUUUGGCUACUUUAGGACUUUUUGCAUAUCUUGGGAGAAGGACUAGAUUAUUCUUGUCAAGAAUGGGCAUAAAGGAUCUUGAUGAGCUGGUUCAGGACUUCCUUUGCUACUUGGAGUGUGGUAGCCUUUUCAUUCGCCCGGAGUUUUCUUCCGUAGCAGUGUAUCAACACUUCAUGGAGUUGGUGACUGAUGAAAUUGGAUGGCUUGAUUUUUACGCUGCAUGCCCUCCGAAAAGAAGUCAAGAGAGACGAAAAAGCAAACUACAUGCCAUCCAGGCAGAGAAAGAGAUUGCUCUAUCUGCUGUGUUUACUGUAUGCUAUGAUGUUUUCUCCGGAUUUGCUCACUUCAGUCGUUCAACUCAACAAUCCUUAGACACUGAUUUGCUAGACUUCUUGCUCCACAGUCAGAGCUUGCUAACUAUAUGUUUGGAAGACUACUGGGCUGCUUAUGAUAAAUCAAGCAGCGAGUUGUUAAAGAUUACAGAAACUGGUGCUCGUCGCACAACAUCAUUUGUAGGAUCUAUUGUUGCAACCAAGUUAUCUGUAACAAUGGAAGCACAACAAGAGCCAAGUACCUUGACAACAUCAGAAGAUUAUCAAAAUUAUAAGCCUCAACGCAGGCUUAAACUGAGAAAGGAUCCCUCCUCACCGGUGACAGAAACCAUAAACUCUGUGGAGGAGGGCAGUGCCACGAAAUCAAAACAUCUUCAUCGAAAUUUAGUUAAGAAGUAUAGCAACAAGUUGGUAUCGACAAGCUCUGAUGUAUGGAUGGGGACUCAGUUGCUUUUCAUAGACAUCAUGACUGCCGUGGAGCUACUCCUGAAACAAUUGCGUGGCGACAAGGUUACAAGGAGGGAAAGAAGCAAGCUAAAAAGAACGCUGAAUGACAUAACUUCACUCAUUCCAGUUACAAUUCUAAUGCUACUUCCUGUAUCUGCUGUAGGUCAUGCUGCCAUGCUAGCAGCAAUCAAGAAGUACAUACCAGGCUUGAUCCCUUCUCCAUAUUCUUCUGAGCGGCUGGAUGUUGUGAAACAACUAAAGAGAAUCAAGAAGAUGGAAGUUAGGACACGGAGCAACCUUGACGAUCCAUCCUCUAGAAUAACAUAAGUAAUUGCUUGUGCUGCUCUCUUCACCCUGACUCUGAAUAAACUGGUUAUGUUAUUAGCAGUGUUUGUAAAUAGUCAAAUGAAUAAAUGUCUUUUUUUUUG